AUCAAAGUUCUUCAGCAGCUGAGCAGUGUUUUUAAUUUUCGAUUUCCAUCAAUAAUCUAUUCAGUUUAAUUAAUUUUGAAAUAGAGAAAAUAUUUAUUUGCAUGUACAAUGAGAUACAUUAGAAGUUUUACCAAAUUACUUGCACCAGGAAGUCGGUUCACCAACAACUAUAAUCCGAUAAUGAGAGUUUGAUUGCCGAUAACAUUUAGAAACAAGUUCAAGGGAACAAAUUACCAUAAAGCUGUUUGAAAAUAAUUUAUAUUUGCAAUUAACAUAAUUAUACUCACUUACCUUCAGUUGGAUCUCACGCCUUCGUCGCUAUGGAAGGAGCGUACGACGAAAUAAUCUCAGACAAUCCAUUUUUUAUACAACUCAAAAAUGAAUAUUCCAAUGUGUUUCAACAUUGUAUUUCACAAUCGUGGAUAAUAUGCGUGCCGCGUAUUGGUAGUUUGAACACUCGUGUGUUUACUGUAGAAGAUUUCUGUGCACAUGUGCUGGUUCCCAGUGACGAGUUACCAGAGACACACUAUAGCACCCUCACAGAGAAGCAGGUGAGUGUUGCGAACAAAGUCAUCACGCUCGAAGUCACCAAAGGUUUGCCUCUCCAGAGCCACAUACUAUUUGAGGAAACUUUCUACACCGAAGACUAUAUUAAAUACAAGGUAUGGUGUGUUGAAAGUCCUUUAGAGCCAAAUGCAAAGUUGGACAACACAGUGACCAAAGAUUGCUUGCUGUCCAUUAAUGAUUGUAUUGAUUUACUGUGGACACAGGCUGCGGGACGUCAAGUCCUCGACCAAAUUGAACAGAAUAUACAGUCGUUCAUAAAAAAGCAUUCCACUUUACCCACGGCCAUUGCUCCACUGAGAGAUGCUGUCAGCGAGUUGUACACACAAUGCCUUCAAAGCACACUGCAGAACCGCAGACUCAGAGAGAAAUGUAAAACAUCUAAACAUUUGUUGGAAAACAUAAAACUGUCUGUGGAAAGCUACAUGCAACAUUUAUUAUUUGACUUGUUAUUCAAACCUAUUUGUACUAUUUGUGCCUAUGAAGACUCUCAUCUAAAUAAAAAGAUAAGAAACAUGUCAGAUAUUCAACUGAGAGACCUUGAUAUAAAGAAGGAAUUGUAUCAUGCAGUGCCAAAAGCAAAACAGAUUCUUUCUAAAAUUGACACAUACAACACAGUUCUAGAAAAGGUGUUAUGUCUAAAACAGGCAUUAAAUGCAAUCAACAAGAUUGAUGACAGCAAUAAUAUUGUCCUAUUAACUGCAGAUGAUUUACUACCUGUAUUUGUGUUUUUGCUAAUUAAAUCAGGUUUGCCAAACUGGUAUAGUCAACUUAAAUACAUGAAAGAAUUCCGCUUUAGUGGUGUGGGUAAAGGAGACGGAGAUGAAAGUGACUUUUUAAUAACUACUUUAGAAGCUGUUAUUGAACAUAUUCAGUCUGGUGCGUUAGCAGGUCCACCAAAUCCCGAGUCCUAUUAUUAUGAAAGUGAUCUUACGGAAGACAACUUAAAUACUUCUAAACGGAGAGGUAGCUUGACUGAAUCAAUCUCAACCUGUGACACAAACGGAAGAGAGGAAACCCUCGAAUAUAUAUUUGAUUUAAUCAAAGCAAACAACUCUGAACAAGUACAAAUAUUGCUAGAAAAGAAUCAAAAACAUUUAAAUAGCAUCCAACAUGAGAGAAAUGCUUUGAAAUUUAAUGCACUUGAUAAUAUGGACAAUGACGAUGAUGAUGAUGACGAUGAUGACUCUGACACAGAAAUAUAUCAGAAACUAUGUCACCCUCUAUGUAACUGUAAAAAAUGUUGCUCCAAGAUAUCUAAAAAUCUUCUGAAGACUUCUCCAACUGUAUCCUCAAGAGACAGCCAUGGACUCACACCUUUGCAUGUUGCCUCAGUGCAUGGAAAAGCAUCAGUAGUUGAAAUCCUUAUUGACAUUGGUGCACAAAUAAAUGCAACUGAUCUUAAUGAAUGCACACCUCUACAUUAUGCUGCAUCCAGAGGACACCAAAAUGCCCUGUUACUUUUACUACACUCUGGAGCUUCAAUAAACAAGGAAAAUAUUGACAAAAAUACACCAUUGCAUAUGGCAGUGAAUAAUGGACAUUUAAAUUGUGUGAAAGCUCUAAUAUAUUUUGCUGAACAUGGUAGAAAGAAAUUAAAAAUAAAUUGCACAAAUGAAGUUGGCAAUACACCUUUACAUUUAGCUUCAAAAUGGGGUUAUGAAGGCAUAGCAAAAUUAUUAAUUGAAAAUGGUGCAGAGCCUUCUAUUCAGAAUCGUAACAAUAAAACUGCUUUUGACUAUGCACACAAUUUGAAGAUCUUGCAAGUUCUUAAAUCAAGUACCCCCAGUCUGUAUGAAUACAUCCACAUAACUAGUACAGAUAUCAAGACAUUGAAUUGCAAGACUGAUAAUCCUGUGACAUUAAAACUGAACCAUCUUAAAAUAAAAAAUAAUGAAGCUAACAAUGCAUCAAAAACUGUUGAAAAUUUGAAAAGGAUUGAGAGAAUUUUACAAGCCAUAUCUUAUGGUGAUGUGAAGCUUGCUUGUUUUUAUAUGAAUAUUAAUUAUGAAAAUUAUGCUAAUGCCAAAAGCACAAUAAACAAAAAUCCAUCAUGCCAUCCUUUAUGUGAAUGCCAAUUUUGUAAGAAAACUCACCAAACAAUAUCUGACUUUGACGUUAACUUUACAGACUCCAAUGGUUUCACAGCACUUCACUAUGCAUCUAGAUAUGGUUUAGAUGAACUGUGCAAUAUUCUAGUUUUAAACAAAAGCAAUGUCAAUGCUUGUAAUAAAAAAGGACAAACUCCUUUACAUCUAGCAGCUAUAAAUAAUAAGACUGUGGUAAUAAGUUGUUUGCUUGAUAAUGGAGCAAAUAUAAAUGCUUUAGAUUUGUCAGGCAACACACCAUUGCACGAUGCAAGCGAAAUGGGAAACAUAGGAGCCACUAAAGUCUUACUGAACUAUGGACCUAAUAUUACAUUACUGAAUGGAUCUCAGAAAUCAGCAAUUGAUGUAGCAAAAGAAAAACUCCACUUAACAGUCAUAGAUUUAAUAGAAAAAUAUGCAAAUAAAAUUAACAUACAUAAUCCAGUGUAAUC